AUGGCAAUUCAAACCUAUUUGUGUUUCAGCUUCCUACUCAUCACUACUAUUUGUAGUAGCGAAGCUAUUACAACCAUCUCCAACUACGACACUUCUUUACUUAAUCGCAGCAGUUUCCCUGCAGGUUUCCUUUUUGGCACCGCAUCAUCAGCUUACCAGUAUGAAGGUGCAGCAAAGAAAGGUGGCAGAGGACCAAGCAUAUGGGAUACUUACGCUCACAUGUAUCCAGAUAGGAUAAAGGAUGGCAGCAAUGGGGAUGUGGCCAUCGAUUCAUAUCAUCGUUACAAGGAAGAUGUGGGGAUUAUGAAAGAGAUGGGCUUAGAUGCUUAUAGAUUUUCAAUCUCAUGGUCUAGAAUAUUACCAAAAGGGAAUCUAAAGGGAGGCAUGAAUAGAGAAGGAAUCAAAUACUACAACAACCUUAUCAAUGAGCUUUUAACUAGAGGGAUUCAACCCUUUAUAACUCUCUUCCAUUGGGAUCUCCCUCAAGCCUUGCAAGAUGAGUAUGGUGGUUUUCUCAGUCCUAAGAUUGUGAAUGAUUUUAAAGAUUAUGCGGAAAUAUGCUUCAAAAAUUUUGGAGAUAGAGUAAAGCAUUGGAUCACUCUAAACGAACCAUGGGGCUUUAGCAAUGGUGGUUAUAUCACCGGUAUUUUUGCACCAGGUCGAUGUUCAAGCUGGCAACAAUUGAAUUGUACUGGUGGAGAUUCUGCUACAGAGCCUUAUAUUGUAGCCCACAACCUGCUUCUUGCUCAUGCCGCUGCUGUAAACUCCUACAAAACCAAGUUUCAGGCAACCCAAAAGGGAAAGAUAGGGAUUACACUAGUAACUCACUGGUUUGUGCCCUUUGCCAAUGUCAAGCAUGAUCGUGAUGCUGCAAAACGAGCCCUCGAUUUUAUGUUUGGAUGGUUUAUGGACCCAUUGAUAAAUGGUGACUAUCCACACACGUUAAAAUCUCUAGUCGGGAAUCGAUUACCCAAAUUUUCAGAGGAGCAAUCAAAGUUGGUGAGAGGGUCAAUCGAUUUUCUUGGAUUGAAUUAUUAUACUGCUAAUUAUGCAGCCCAUGCCCCUUCCUCUAAUGCCAUUCAACUUAGCUAUUUGACUGACGCUCGUGCGAAACUUUCCACUUAUCGUAAUGGAAUUCCUAUUGGUCCUCAGGCAGCUUCUGAUUGGCUUCAUGUUUAUCCAAGAGGAAUUAAAGAUAUUUUACUCUAUACAAAAAAGAAGUACAAGAAUCCACUUAUUUACAUCACUGAAAAUGGUGUUGAUGAGUAUAACAAUGACAAACUAACCCUGGAGGAAGCACUCAAGGACACUAUGAGGGUUGAUUUCUACUUCCGCCAUCUUUCUUUCCUUAAAACAGCAAUCAAAGAAGGUGUGAAUGUGAAGGGAUACUUUGCAUGGUCAUUAUUGGACAAUUAUGAAUGGGAAAUGGGUUACAGUGUGCGGUUUGGAAUUAAUUAUGUGGAUUACCAAGAUGGACUAAAAAGACAUCCUAAACUUUCAGCUCGAUGGUUCAAGAAAUUUCUCAAGAGAUAGAAAUAUAUAUGUCGAAUUAUGCUUCCCUUAUACAAAUAAUAACAUACAGGAUUAUGCUCGCUUGAGAGAAAUACGAUCAAUUUCUCUAUAAAUGUUCUUCAAUUAAAUAAUGCUGGAAGUUACAUAGAUACUUUCUUCCUUGUUACUCUGUCCCUGCUACU